UUCCGCGAGAGCUCGCAGUCUCAUCCGGAACUGGAACGCAUCUAAGCGAGCGCGCGCGUUCUUUCUCGGUUGCACGUUCCUUCGAAAUUUCGUGGAAUCGUUUCAUCGAUAAUCGAUAUAUAUACAUAUACAUAUAUAUAUAUAUAUAUAUACAUAUAUAUCGGGGAAAACGUCGAAACGGACAUCCAGGCUCGUCGACCGACUCGUCGAACUCCGAAGACCGAGCGAACGGAAAGUCGUUCCGUCCUGGACGGCCGCUUCUCGCUCUCGAAACCACCGCACCGCUUCGGCAGCUCUUACGCGACGUCGUCUCGUACGCCGGUGGGCCACGUUCGAACACGCUGGAUACGAUUCGAGCGGAAAGUCGAGAUCGAGCUUCGAUUCGAGCUUGCGAUCGGGGCCAAGGUCGGAGUCAGGGUCAGGGUCAGGGUCAAGGUCAAGGUCAAGCUCGAGGCCGAGGUCGAGGUCGAUUAUCCAGUACCGCACAGGACUCGAAGCCGAGCCGAGCCGAGCCGAUCGACGUCGAACGUACAAUUGAAAGUUGAGCAAGAUCGAAGAAAAGAUGAAGCCGAUCGAUGGACUGGCAUGGUUCGUCGUCCUGAUGACGGGAACCGCGGCUUUACCCUCCCAGUCGCUCGCCCAACUUCGAGGUGUGCAAGUAAAAUCGAAGCAGACCACACCGACGUAUUUCGGCGUGGAUAAAACUGCGAGUUUCCCGGCCGAAUCGAACAGCAGUCCUAUGACCAAAAGUGCGAGUGGAACCGGAACCGGAACCGUGACCGUAACCGUAAACGGAAACGGAAACGGAAACGGAAACGUGAACGGUAGCGGCAGCGGGAACGGAAACGUGAACGGCAACAGCAUCGACGCCGAUUUCAGAAUUGGAACUGGAAACGCGGCGAAGGAAACGCGAGAAUCGCCCGGGAAAAUUCGGCCUCAGAUCAAAUUAACCACCAAUUAUACCAGCCUGACCGAGACUGGAGUACGAUUUCCGGAGGGUGCGAGCGCGGCACUCGCGAAACCAACGAAAUACCACUACUACCCGCACAAUCAGCACAUUUAUCUGUUGCCGGAGUGCGCGGUGCAGCAAGUUUGCAACGCCGUCUACGUUCGACUGAAUUUUACGCAGCCUUUGUGCGCUUGUCCGGGAAGAUAUCGAGAUCCUUGCAGCGCGUCUCUCGACAGCGACGACCUCCACACCACCGAGCUGGUCACCGACCCACGGACCAAGGCUCUCACUUUGGUGAAGACUUGCGAACCGGUGGCGGAGAUGCGAGAAUGCAGAACUCCGAGAGACUGGUCUCUUCUCGCGUUGCAGAACGUGCGAACUGGAAAAUCUCAUUAUCUCGUGAUAUGCCGCUGCCCGGACGCCAAUAUACUCGAAGGCCCCAUGAGCCACGACCAGCCGACUUAUGCGAGCGUGCCAGGAAUUCGUGUCUACGGAAUGAUGUGCGUACAAGGAAAUAGAAAAGGCCGACCUUUGCGAUACACGCGAAGCAUAUCGGAUCGUCCAAACAAAUACAUCGAUGCCGAACAAGCGGACCAACGACCGAGCUUUCCCUGGUACAAGGUGCAACAACUGAUGGAUACAGCUGUUUGGGAUUAAAACGAUUCGUCUUCUCGAACGUAUCCCCGACGUCCGUACAAGGAGAACACCUCGAAACGUGUAAUCCGCUUGUCGCCAUUCGUUCUUUUAUUUAUUAUGCGUUUCGCUUAGCAUUCGUUCCUUCCGCUUUCUUCAGCUUUCCUACGAUUCGCGAUUCGUCCUCUAUUUAAUCUUAUUUACAACGAUGCUGCCGCGUACGAGCACGCGCGGCCGUAGGCGUACGCGUCGGCGUAGGCGCGAGCGUCGCCGGGAGCUAAAAUUCGAACGAAUCGACUCGCCCCACGGAGAGACUCGUUUCGAACGUCUUUCCGAAGAUCGCGGAUUCGUCGCCGCGGUGGACGCUCGGAUGUUCCGCGUAUCACCGAUGCUACCGAAAAACUUGUCGCGCACCAGUAUUUUCGACGAGUCGAGUUCGUUCGUCUUUUCCCUCGUCGAAAGAAACAACACCGUCUACGACUUUGCUAUCGCGAUCGCGCGUCCAACUACGCGUCGAGUAGGAAUUCUUAAUUGAUAAUUUAAUUUAAUAAUUUAUAAUAACCUAGCAAUCGUUAUAAUCGUUAAUAAUUACGA